CUCCUGGCUUCCGUAACACAAGGAAACGAAGAUUGUAGUGUGUGACUCUACGCUUUCUAUCUCUUUGUGUGUGUCGGGAAGUAGAGCAAAGGCGACUUGUGCGCAGGGCGAGCGCUUGUCGUGCGGCGGCUGCUGGAGGAGGGCCCGAGAGUUGGAGGAUAAAGAUGUUCUGGUUUCAGAGCUGGACACUGCAGCUAGCACAGCGUUCAAGUUCACUGCGGAAGCUGGUGUGUGAUGCUAGGACCAACUUACCAGUAUUAACAUUGUUCACCAAGAAUCCAUGCCCCUUGUGUGAUGAAGCCAAAGUGGUGCUUGACCCAUAUAAACACAAGUUUGUUUUGCAGGAAGUAGACAUCAUGCUUCCAGCCAACUCAGUCUGGUAUGAAAGGUACAAGUAUGAUAUACCUGUCUUUCAUUUGAAUGGGCAAUUUCUAAUGAAGCAUCGAGUGAACACAGAAAAACUGGAGGAUCAGCUGUUGAAGCUGGAGUUGCAAGACAAUGAUGGCAACAGGUGAAGGAAAAAUGAAGCAAACUGUGAACUUGCAGGAGUAUCUAAAGGAUUCUGUAUUGCUGCCUUUACUGAUAAGACUGCAUCAAUUUCAUGAAAUUCAGCUGUUGUGUAACUUAAUGAAGCCCAUAAGACUUUAUAGCUAUGUUCAAGCCCAUCAGACUCUUUGACUACUAAAUAGCUUGACUUUUUAAUGAAGCAAAAAGGCUGACAGAUACAGUGAAAUUUUCCUCUGUUGUUAAUUAGCCUUUUGCUAACAAUGAAGAAGUGUGACAGUUUUGUCUGCGUAUAGCUUUGCUUGUUGACUUUAAUGAUGCAUUUCAGCUUGUCAUAUUCAAAGGGAAAAAGAAAGUAAUGUCCUAGGUGGAAAAGACAAUACUUUUUCAAAGGCAUCUGCUUGGGAUCUUAGAGCAGCACUGUAAAUUUUCUGACACCUGGAUGUAGUCGAUAACCCCUGCCUCCCUGCACAAGAUAUAUAGCACUGAUAUGUCUAUGUAAUCAUGUAUAUUAAUGGUAAAGUCUAAGUUUUUUGAAGCGAAUAUAAGCGACAUCAGAUCAGAAAUGUAUUGGUGUAACUGAACUAGCAGAAUUCCAGUUGUCCCUGAAAACAGAUUGAAUAUUCUGAAUAGGCUGUUUUGUCCCAGCUUUCCCUUUGAUUCUGUACUUAUUAAAAGCUAUAGGCCCACAUGAUGUGCAACGCAAUAGUGGCAUUGCCAAAUGGCCAGUGCCGCCAUACACACUGCAGGUAGUUGCGCAGGAGAGCAGUUGCACAACCACUUAAAACAGCCUGCCUGCAGUUGCAGAACACAACUUCCAUUGUUUCCAUUGGAAGUGUGUUGUGCAACUUCAGGUAUGGUGUUUUAAUGGUUGCACAGCUUCCCUUUUGGGCCACAUUACCAGGGCUGCCUGCAAUAUGUGCAGCACCGUUGGCCAACUGGCCAACGUGUUGGUCACACGGUCAUUGUGUUGCACAUCAUGUGGGCCAUACAAUUUUCCUUGUAAGUCUGCUAGCUUAAGAUAGCAUAGUUUGUUUUUAGACUCAAGCAAAACCCCUUUUAAGUAAAGUGCAUAUGAACACAUAGUUCCUUACCAUGAUAAGGGCUGUUCAUAUUCUUCUUUUGAAUUGCCACCAUGGGGAUAGGAUACAGGACUUUCUAACAUUGUAGAAACAAGGUAGCAUCCAGUCUCAGUUAGUCAAGGUUGAUUUGUCCCAUUGAUUUUGGUGUUACUUAGUCAGCUUAAGUGGCACAGCGGGGAAAUGCUUGACUAACAAGCAGACGGUUGCCAGUUCGAAUCCCCGCUGGUACUAUAUCAGGCAGCAGCGAUAUAGGAAGAUGCUGAAAGGCAUCAUCUCAUUCUGCGCAGGAGGAGGCAAUGGUAAACCCCUCCUGUAUUCUGCCAAAGAAAACCACAGGGCUCUGUGGGCGCCAGGAGUCGAAAUCCAGGAGUCUGGAUGCUGCCCAGGAGUUUUGGCUAAGGCCUUUGGAUUCACUGGACAGAAGGAAAGCCCUAUUCACACAGCUGAAAAAGAGAUUCAUGUACAAAAAAGAAGUUACAUGAAGGAAGUCCUACUGAAACUCAGUAGUCCUUUAGAGAAACUCUUCAGUAGUAAUAUUGAGUAACUUAGUCUAGAUGUCAGCCAAGAUAAUUCCUUACACUGGCUCACAUUCUGUGUGUUAGUAUGGCAGAACAGAGCAGUGUACCUGCAGAAACACUUGGAAUUCAGAGUAUUGCUGAGCAACCAAAUUCAUGUGGCAUGGGAGUGAUUCUUGCUGCUCUCAUAUCCCUCCAAAAGUACUUUUUGAUUUCAAAAGUAUGUCCCUGAGAGCUGCGUGACCCUUGGGGACAUAUUUAUGAAGCCAAAAAAACACAUUUGGAGGGAAGAGAGAAUGGUGAAAAUCAUUCCCCUCCCUUUGUACAUGCAUUUGGCUGCUCAGCAACACAUUAGCUGAGCUCCAAGACAGCAUUUCUGCAGGUAUGCUGGCUGCUCUGUUCUGCUGUACUAGUGCUAUGAAGAAUAUGAGCCAUUUGAUACAGUAAAUCUCAUUUAAGUUGCUGGAAUUGCACAUUGCUUUUAGUUAAGAAGCACAUGGGACUGAUCUUGACAGUCUCAUCUCUGCUAGUUUGGCUGAAGAAUGAUUAUUUAUUUAUUUAUUCGAUUUCUAUACCACCCUUCCAAAAAUGGCUCAGGGCGGUUUACACUGAGAAAUAACAAACAAGUAAGAUGGAACCCUGUCCCCAAAGGGCUCACAAUCUAAAAAGAAACAUAAAAUAGACACCAGCAACAGUCACUGGAGGUACUAUGCUGGUGGUGGAUAGGGCCAGUUACUCUCCCCCUGCUAAAUAAAGAGAAUCACCACAUUAAAAGGUGCCUCUUUGCAAAGUUAGCAGGGGUUUAUGAAUCAUUUAUCUUGGCUGACAUUGUUUCUACAUUAUUUAUUUAUUUAUUAUUUUAUUUUACUCUUCAACAAGAAGACUUAAUUAGUAAGUUAUGCCUUGUUAAAUAUAAGCAGCAACCAUGAGGUAGAGACCCUACAUGACAGUCCUUGAUGUGGUUGGCUUUUACUCCCACAAACAUGUAGAUAAAAUAAAUUGAGUGGCUAUCACAUCAGAGGAAGUGCUCUUACUUUAAAUGAAGACUUCUGUGAUGCUGUAUACAAUCCCAGUUAACUCCAUCUUUGAGAUAUUUUUUACAAAUCUCUUUUGUAAAGGAAACUGCUUGAGGGGCUCUGUUUUCCCAGCAAACUGGAGAGUAUUUUAAAAAGGAUAAUCUUUAAUGCUGAAAAUUAAAUAUUUCAGCUGCCAGUUUAGUUGUUAGCUUUUUGUAAAGAUCUUUGGAAAAGACAGAAUGUUGGUAAAUGGAGAUUAAUAUUCCUUUUAUGUACUCUCCCUGGCUCCUUAAAUCCUUCACCCCUCUCAUUCAUCUCAACUCUUUGAUUCCUUUGAUUACAAUUUGUGUUCUUUUUACUAAACACUUUGAACAAUUAAACACAUUACAGUUAUGAACUCAU